GAACUUAUAAUUCAAUUCGUCGAAAUUUGUUUAGCCCACAAUGCGAAUAUGCUUCCACAGUCAACGCUCUCCAAUACAGAAGUGAACGAGCUUUAUAUUCAGUUGAUAUGUGCAAUUUGUGCCGAGGUAUGCCAUAGAGCUGUUAAACUAUCAUGCUGCCAAUCACAGGCGUGUCGUGGCUGUGCUACAAGAGAAAUAAUAAAAACUAAAAAAUGUUGGGUUUGUUCCACCUCGCAAACAACCAAACAGCUCAACAAUGACGAAACUCUUCGCAUGCGAAUUGAAGAGUUUAAAAAAAUGGCGCUAGACGAAAAAUCCAGAACGAAAUCCUCCAACCAGGCCCGGAGCACGUUGAAAAAAUCCGCAACGGCGGUUGAACUGACUAAAUCUGUCAAUGCCUUCCCACCGAAAAUCCCGGAAAAUCCAGCAACUCCUAAACCUGGCAGGAGCAAAUCCAGAUCAAGAUUAAACAAUCUUAACACUCAGUCCGUUAGUGUUCUGCCUACUGCCAAGAGAAAUGAGUUCAAAGACAUAGAUAAGGAGGUCAGGGACGGAGAUGAGGAGGUCAAAGAUGGAGAUGAGAUUGUCCAUACACCUAGGCGCAGUAGGUCUAAAUCUUCAACGCGAUUAAGAGCUCCGACAGCCAUGGAAGUAAUAUCAACUGUGGAAGAUGUUAAAGUUAAAGAAGUAAAGCCAAGAAAUCGCUCUAAAUCCGUCUCCAAUCUGAGAAAACAAGAAUUAGAUGUUAUUAACGCAAACAAUCAAAUAAACGGAAAUCAACCUAAUCCCACGGAACUAGUCAAAACAUUGCUAAAAAAUCCGCCACCGGAAAACGGAAGUAAUAAUGUAAAAUCCACCAAUGAAACCAAAAAUCCGCCAAUAAAUGGUUUCCAAAAUGGCGGAUCGACCAAUCCUCUGGGCACGUGGGAAAGUCACACAGCGGAUACACAUGUUAGUGUCAAUGAUGAGAAUAUUGCGCCGGAUAGAACUCCUACAGCCCCCAGAUCAAUGUCAAGAUUCUCUGGUGUAUCCCGUCUUAAGAAGGUUGGCGAAGAGAAAGCUAGUGCUAGGGGAAGAAAUAAGAAACUAGAUAUUCUUACUCAAGAAAAUACCCAAAGAAACGGUCAGCUUGACAUGCUCCCACUAUACACACCUGAAACAUUAAGUACAAACUGGAGCUCUGCUUACAUUGCACAGCCAAGAUCUGAAAUUAGAAAUCCUCGAGAUGAAUCUCAAAAUCCGCGAGAUGAAAAUAAAAAUCCACAAGAUGAAAGUACAAAUUUACGUGCUCCUUUGGAGUUCGUGACACCCAAGUCUAUUUGUCGAGGACGGGGAGGUCGGGAUCGGAGGAUAGGAUGGAGCGAAGUCAACAUUUACUAUUUCAAUAGAACCCAGGGGUUCUCCAGUGUGCCCAGAGAUGGUGGAAAUACCUUGGGGAUGGAGAUUAGACAUUCAGAUUUCAAGUCCUGGAAUAUUCAAGGUGACUCGGAUCCGCACGUAAAACGAAAACUCUUUGAUCCUACCGCUAAUCCUACAAAUGCCGAAGAUCUUACCUCAUCCGCUGAUCCUUUAGUCACUAAUCCUUUACCAGCUUGUGAUCCAUCUCGAGAUUAUAUAUCAACCUCCGUCUCGAUGCUAUCUUCCUUUCAUCUUCAGCCUAACACCACCACCUCCUCCCUGUGCCUCUAUCCGUCCACCUCCUCCUUCCAUCUCCAGCCUAGCUCCACAACCUCUUCCUUCCAUGUUCAAUCCUCAACUAACUCCUCCUCCCUCCGCUCCUAUCCUUCCACUACUAGCUUUACCAAAGUGCACAGCUGUCCCUCACACCUUUCCUCCGUUCCUCUCAUCUCCCUGGAUGAGGAGGAUGAAGAGAUCUCGUUCAAGUCUCCUGUGAAGGGUGUGGAGGCGGUUAGUUUCUAUGCUCCCAGUUUUAUUGUUACUCCGGGACGUGAUACUGCUCUAGAUUCUUUACCUCAUCUUGGGACUGAACCCGCUCUUGAAUCUGAUAUUUCAAAGCCAGGCGGAGCAGACCCAGUAACUUGUAAACAAAUAAAUGUACCUGAACAUGAUAAACCUUCUUCACCCUUUAAACGCAGUCUUAGUCGAAGCUAUAGUGAAGAUACGCUUCUAUUCUCCGCCUCUUCGGAGCGGCGGAAGAGUAUCUCCCAGGAUCCGCCCAGGAAAGCACAUAAACCCUCAACAAGACUGAAAGACCAAGUUGAGAUGGAUGCCCAACCUCUGGAGGGAGGAGGAGACACACCCAACCUCCAAAUCAAUCGAUCCUCCUUCAAACCUCCAUCUGAUCCCUCCAAAGAUUUAACUAACACUACAGUACCUGAAAGCCCCCUCAUGCCUCCAAACCCCUUCACAGCUUCCUCCAAACCUACUUUGACCUCCUCCCAGUCCACCCUGACCUUGACCCCCGUGAAGAGUUUGACCUCUAUGAGGUCAAGUCCUAGUAUAGGGCUCGGGAAAGGUGGAAGGGUGGUUAAAGCGGCUAAACCUGAUUUUCUACGAAAAGCAACUCUGAAAACUUGUCAUGAGAAAGGUUUGGUUCGGUUUACCCGAUCUAGUGUUGAUUUAAAACAAGAGCUAGACAUUCCAGGUGGGAGCAAGUUAGAAAAACCGGAUAAAAAACUAAACAAAUCAAUUUCAAGAAACUGUCUUAGAUCUUUCCGUGAAUACCAUUUGUCCCCUCCUUCUGUAAAAGAGAGUGUCGGAGAAUCCAUGUUGACUCCUGAUAUGCUUUCAUCCUCUUCCUCAGUAUUCAGAUGUGUAGAGGAAAAGAUUGAUGAGCCUGUAUCUCCAGCUAAGGGAGAGUGUGGAACCCGAGGUUUAACCCCUCUAACCAACAGGAUGCGUAUCUGCCUGCUGAAGGCGAAUGGUGUAUCCGUCCUGGACAAGGCGGAGGCCGAGGAAGUUAAACUUCUCCGUGAGAGUAGGGAGAAGUGUGGCUGCCGCUGUCAAGGUGUGUGUGUAGAGGGUAGCUGUAGCUGUAUAGAUAACGAUAUAGAGUGUCAAAGUGAGAGACCUGGGUUUCCUUGUAGCUGUGCUCACAAGAACUGUGGAAACCCACAAGGACACAGGGUUUAUGAUAAGACUGAGGUUGAACUCCACUACAUCCAGACUAUCAUGAGUGUUCAGGGAGCAAUGAAUAUAUCAGGAGAAGAUCAUCAUUAACUCAUAGAUCAAGAUUAGAUUAAUCUAUCUCUCGGUCCAUGGGAUGAAGAACCUUAAAAAUCAAUAUCUUUAUACGAAUAUCAAGACAAUGUCGAGGAAUAUCAAAAGAUCAAGAUCAUGUACUUAAAAAGAUCAAUAAUCACUUAUCAUCGAAGUCAGAAGAUUUAACUCAACCUUUUAGAUAGUUGAACUUGUCAAUUCAACCUUUUAGAUAGUUGAACUUGUCAAUUCAACCUUUUAGAUAGUUGAACUUGUCAAUUCAACCUUUUAGAUAGUUAAACUUGUCAAUUCAACCUUUUAGAUAGUUGAACUUGUUAAUUCAAUAAUUAUGAAUCUUGACAACUGUUCAAUUUAGUUUAAGUAUUUGCUGUUCUAUAUUUAUGUUUAUUUAUGUAAUUAUUUUAAUCUUAAGCACACUUUUCUGUACAAUGUACAAUGUACAUAAGACCUGUUAUGUACAAAGAACAUACGAUCUUUUAUGUAAUUCUGCACUAUGUAAAAUAUGCACUCUUUAUUUUGUAAUUUUCAUAAAUUCCAGUUUUAGGCUUUAUUAAUUAUAAUUCAAUAGGUGUAAUACAAGUUAUUUGUUGAUAUAAAAUCUCAGCUGUA